GUGCCCUCCUGAAGCCACUAGUGCGAGGUGAUCAGUGGCAGGCUUGACAAGUUACCGCUUCUUUAGCAACUCUUGAAAAGAAGUACAGGAUCGCUUCAAAUCAUGUCAACCCAAGAAGAUCCAGAGCCUGAUCCGCCGGUCGGGGAGGAGGACAGGAAGUCCCAUCGAAGCUCAAAGGGAAAGGAGAAUGCGAGAUGCUGGAAGAAAGCUGCCUUCUUUUUCGGAUCCGUUGCUGUUCUGCUUCUGGCCGGCUUGGCGACAUCUCUCGGCAUUUUCCUGAGUAAAACUGAGUGCAAGCCACCACCCCGUCGUAACGAAUCCACCACCACGUAUUUGGGAUCGGCGUUUCCCGGCGCCCAAGUAACGUACGUGUGCCAGGCGCCGCUGCUGUUUCCUGACAACUUUCCGACCUUCAUUCUCACCUGCACUGACGACCUGCACUGGGAGCCUCGAGAUGUGCCCUCCUGUGGCAUCUACACCUCUCGAGUUUGUCACCUUCCCGAUCUGGGCCUCAUCGUCACGGGCCGCCCCUCCAAUGCCGACUUGGAAAUAGAGAUAAUCCUCCAAGGCACAUUACCGCCAUCCAUGCAAGCGGACAUUCCUACUUAUGACGACUCUGUGUGUAUCUAUGACGACCUCGUGCAGAAACCAACUACAAUUGCCUCGCCAACAGGAAGCGCCACUAACGAGGGCGUGAUGGUGGUGGUCGUCUUCGACAGCGUGGAUCCGUGGGCGCCAUACGAGGUGCGUCUGAGGAGCAUUGGAACCAAACUAGCGGUGACGGUGCUGCAGGGGAACACCACGGCCGUCGCCCUCACCUCCCUCGCCAUCAAUACGACCACGCCUGCCGCCACGGACACCACGGACACAGGCAGCCCCACGCACACCACCACCAUCCCGGACGCCACACACAGCACUGAGACGCAAGACACCACAGACGUCACCGGCACCGCAGACACCACCAUCUCGAGCACCACAUAGACGUUCAGUGUCUGCCAGUCACUAGCCAUGAGUUUCCAGUAAAAAGUUUCUGUUCUGUUGCUCUCACGCGUCCACAUUUUUUUGUAUAAUCAGCAUCUUCUAUAUGGUUAACUCUUAAGAACAGAGUAUACGAUUCUCCAAACGCUUUUACGUACAGCUAUAUGUAAAAUAUAUUUGUUGCCCCUGCUCAUUAAUAGUUUUCUCUCAAGAUCUUUCAUGAUUUGAGAAAAUCUAUUCUAAUGGGGUAACUAUAGUAAAAAUGGACGACCGCGUCAUUGACAGAGCAUCACAGUUAUUGAAGGAGAUUUGUUGAACUGAUCAUUACAAAACAUUCACUGUAAUAAUAAAAAUUUUCAUCA